GUAUCAAACACAAAUAUAGAUUGCAAUAGACAUGUCAACAUUCAGAGCAAGAAGAGCAAUUCCUUCGGUUUUAAAUACACCAACAGCGAUCAGAAUAAACGAAUCCACAAAUAUCACCAACUCUGAUGCCGAAAGAGCAUUAACUGAAUUCAUAGAUGCCAGUGAUGCCAUCGCAGCUGGAUUAGAACAAUCCUCUAAAAAUACUGGGUUGUCCAAGAACAACGAUUCCAGUGCAGUAUUAAGUCAGUUGAAGAGAAUUCAAAGAAACUUAAGAGGACUUCCUCCAUUAAUUGCCGAAUCACAACCGUUAGAUAAGACAGAUUCUACCAUAGAGCCACCAAAUAAGAAGAUAAAGUUUGAUGAAUCUGAGGACGAAACUAAGCAAGAAGAGCCUGUGCAAAUACAGGAAGAAGACAAUGACGAUGUGUUGGAAAUAGGAUACGACGAGGAAGACGAAGACGAAGACGAAGAGGAAAAACAGCCACAACCUGUAGAAGUUAAGGGGGUUGAAGAAAAGAAGGAAAAGAAAGAGAAGAAACAUAAAAAGGACAAGAAAGAAAAGAAGGAAAAGAAGGAGAAGAAAGAAAAGAAGAAUAAAG